AUGAUGGGUGCUCACGCAGCAGCAGCUGCCCAGCGCAUGCUGGGACAGAUGGCAGGGCACAGGGGGGAGGGGGGCGACGGUGCAGAGGCUGUGAUUGAUGCUGGAAGAGGGGAUGCUUAUAACGGGGAUGCGUUCAGAGAGUCGGAGAUGACCGGUGGGGAUGCGUUGGAGGCGAUGGCUCGUCCACCCAGCAGUACCUUGCCCCUUUGUUUCACACUGCUCCCUGGCCCUUUCCCACCUCCAUCAUCCAUCGCCUAUCCUCAUCCCUUCCCCCCAUUUCCUUCCUCCAUCCCCUCCCGUCAUCCCCUUCCCCAUCCCCUCCGCCAUCUCAAUGCCCCGGCCCCUGUCUCCAUCCCUUCCUCUCAUCCCUCGCCCCAACCCCUCCCUCGCCCCAACCCCUCCCCCCAUCCCUCGCCCCAUUCCCCCCCUCAUCCCUCGCCCCAUUCCCCCCCUCAUCCCUCGCCCCAUUCCCCCCCUCAUCCCUCGCCCCAUUCCCCCCCUCAUCCCUCGCCCCAUUCCCCCCCUCAUCCCUCGCCCCAUUCCCCCCCUCAUCCCUCGCCCCAUUCCCCCCCUCAUCCCUCGCCUCAUCCCCCCCCCCCAUCCCUUCCUUUGGCCCCUCCCCUCAGACUGGGCCUGGGCGCUCGCUUUGUCUCGCACAGCCAAGCCAUGGGCGCUGGGGGCACUGGGGGAGGAGGAAGGGGAGGGGGAGGGGGAAGAGGAUGGGGAGGCAGGGGGGGAGGAGGGGGAGGGGGAGGGUGGGGGGAGGGAGUGGCACAGUCAGCUGCACGGACUGCUGCUGCUGUGGAGGAGAGAUUGGGGGCUAGGUUGGCUGGGAGGGGGAAGUGGGGGGUUAGGGGGAGAAGGGAGGAGGAGGAGAUAGUGGGAGGAGUGGGAGAUGGGGAUGGGAGUGACGAUGGUGGGGAGGAGGAGAGCCGGGCAGGGCGGUUUGGGAGGAGGGGCAGCACAGGCAGUAGUGUGGAGGCAGCUGUUGGGAAGAAGCGUAAGAGCAAAGGGUAG